CUCGACGCAAUACCGGCCGCUGAUUGGCUGGUCAUCUGUAAGGAGGCUGAAAAAGUGACGCUGGGAUGAAAAGCCACGGGACAAAUAGCUGAUUAUUUAUUCUGCUGGAAGGAUUGGUCAUGGCGACACAACUGAAUCCAUGGCAGGGACUAGAUCCCUGAGAGCCAGAGGGCAUCGGGCUUCAUCACAGGUAUCGGAGGAUUUCCCAGGUUCCACUGUGCACGAGGACAACAUGAGGCUUCCUAAACGCUGGGUGGCACACAGUGUGUGUGCGCGUGCGUGUGUCUACAGGCGUGUGUUGGCACUGGUUGUGGUUUUAGGUUUGCUGUGUUUGGGGAUAGUCUCUCUACCAAUGAUGGAGAAGACCGAGACAAGCAAACCUCUGGACUGGCACGUCAGCGAUGCACAUAAAAAGCUGGUGCACGAGCACGUGCACAGGGUUCUGGAGAGCCCGUGUCGUCCCAGCGGCACCAGGCAGAGUUUGUUAGCUCGACUCCCCGCUUCAAGUCACAUGACCCAGGCCUUUCUAUGGAAGGAUGUGCCACUCCCUGACGACCUUUUCCUGUAUCCACCACCUUUUGGAUUCAGAGGUCUUCAGAGCAGAGUAGAGAACCUGCUCAAGCAGCUUCCAGACUCUGAUUCCGUGCCCCUGCCAGAAAAGACAUCAGAUAAAUGUCAGCGCUGUGUGGUCAUGGGAAAUGGAGGUAUUGUCAGAGGCCUGGAGCUGGGCCCACUGAUCGACCGCUUUGAGACCAUCAUCAGGUUAAACAGCGGUCCUCUGGGAGAGUUCAGUGUUGACGUCGGAAAUCGAACCAGCAUCAGGAUGAGCUACCCGGAGGGGACACCGCUGCACUGGAUGGACUCAGACCCACACACUCUGUUUGUGACUGUGGUUUAUAAAAGUGUAGACAUCAGCUGGAUCUCUGCUAUGGUCAACAAGCUCUCUGUGCCUCUGUGGGACUGGCUCUUCUUCUGGCAGAAGGUUCCAGAUCAAAUCCCUGUUAAACGCCACAGGUUCAGACUUCUAAACCCACAAAUCAUCAGAGAGACUGCAAUGGAUCUACUGAAAUACCCUCCACCCAGACUACACCUGUGGGGAAGAGACCAGAAUGUGCCCACCAUGGGGGUCUCUGCACUGAAUUUAGCCAGCCUGCUGUGCGACGAGGUCAGCCUGGCAGGCUUCGGCUACAACCUCUCCCAGCAGGGGGCACCACUGCACUACUACGACCACCUGCCCAUGACUGCCAUGCUGAAGCAGACUUCCCACAAUGUGGACAGAGAGACUGAACUCUUACAAGAGCUGGUCCGAGAGGGAGCCAUCACUGACCUGACGGGAGGGAUUCACUGCUCCUUCUGCUCCAGCUGACAGCAUGGCACUUCUUUGUUGUAAAGUGCUUUUAAAAAGAAAGAAUACACUGUACAAAAACACACAAAGACAACAGUAAGACUAAAGGACUUACAAACGAGGAAGAAGAAAAAACAGGUGAGAAAGAAACUUGGAAUAAAGACAGAAACAAAUGUAAUAUUUAUCACAAAGUGCUUCUUGAAGAACAAAGGACACGAUUACAGAAAGAGAGUAACAUGAUGUCCACUGGGCCGUACAUGUCUGUCAGUAUUUACAUUUUACAGUUCUCUUUUUGCUGUGUAGCAGCAGUCUCAUUGAUCUGAUCUGACCCAUCAACUUUUAAACCAACAAUUGCUCUUAAAGUGUCUUUGCUGAUGAACCCAACUAAAAGUCAGUGUACAUAUUGAAAUGUUCAAUUAGAAUUCUAUUAUUACUUUAAUCCAUAUCAGCAUUUCUGACAGUUAUGGGCCCCAAACAUGCCUUCUGUAGGUAGUGUUAGGGCCUUUGCACAUCUGAAAGUCCGAACCAAGGUUCUCAUUUUUGUUUCACUGUAUAGAUUUUACACGUUUAGUUUUGGUUUUACAUCGCAAUUGUGUGAGCGCAGUAAAGAAAUAUACAUGACAUACCUGUGUCCUUCAUGAGCUGCCUCUACCAGCACUUGACAUUUGUUGGUUUGUAGACGAGUCAGUCCUGUAGUGUCCUUUCUCUCACAUCCACUCGGAAAAUAACUGAAAAGUUUGUGAGAUUUUCCAACUGACUCUUUAUAAAGUUGUCCCCUCCUCUCC